AAAUAAUUUGAGCACCAGUAGAUGUCAGUUAACACUGCAUCUAAUGGACCCGGAAGACUUCUACUCAUGCCUGGCGAAAGGGUUGUGAGUCGGACCAAGUCUGUAGAAUUUCAUCUGGAUGGCAACAACCUCCCUCCCAAGCUAGUUAAGAGUGCUGCUGGGGAGAUCUACCUAACCAACCGACGGGUUAUAUUCCUUUCUAAGGAUUCCAAAAACUUGCACUCUUUUUCCGCUGACUUUGGGUCCAUUUCCAAUGUAGAGCUGGAACAACCUCUGUUCGGAGCGAACAACGUAAAAAGUAUCGUGCGAGCCGAACCAGGCGGAGGCUGGGAUGGUACCGCAAAACUUAAGUUAAUUUUCAGUUCUGGUGGCGCUAUACAGUUUGGGAAACAUCUUCGUCACAUGCAACAAGGCGGAGCAGCCCCCACAGAACUACCACCAACAUACGAUUCAUUUGACUACAACCCAACUCCAGCUCCCUACAACGAAAAUGGAAACGCACCUCCAUACGGGUACGCUCCACAACCUGGACCAGGAUACGCUCAACCUGGACCAGGAUACGCUCCACAACCUGGACCAGGGUACGCUCCACAACCUGGACCAGGUUACGCUGUACCUCCAGGAGCGUAUCCUCCCCCUCCCCCUCCUCCCGGAUACGACAGUUCCGCUCCUCCCCCAUCCAACUACACCGCCCCUCCCAGCUACAUGUAUGAUGCGGGACCCUCAACUGCUGCUCCGCCGUAUAACCCAACUUACGGAGCACCCGGACCAUCAUAUAACGCAGCCGCUGGACAGGCUAUGUAUGCUGAUAACUCGAAUACAGUCUACGUGAACAAUCCUAAUUCUCAGCCGAGCAGUAGCAGUAGCCAAGCCUCAGCUCCUCCGGGACCCUCCGAAGACAAGAAGACUAGAUAGACACGUGACAGGCUAGUCACGUGACCUUCGGGUCAUCUUCCACCGCAUCGUAUGUCAUUGUUUGUGAUCACCAGAGACUUGAUUCAUGAUUUUGAGACUUAAAAUUGAUUGAUAGAAAUUUAUAAGUUUUUUCCCAUUUUACGGAUGUAUUGAGAGCUGAUCAAUUCGUAUAUUUAUUUGUGUAAUAUUUCCUGAUUUUUUUGAAUUCUUUCGGGAUUCUGAAACGAAAAAUCGUAAAAAUUUCAUGGGCAAAUAUACUACUAAUUAAGGUUUUGAAAUUCAGAAGUUUUGAAUUAUCGAUUUAUUUUUGAAAGGGAAGAUUCACCUUUACUUGUUGUGAAGCCAAUAAUCUGAAAUACCUUGGUACUUUUUCAAUGAUUCAGUGCUGUGAUUCAUCCGAAGAUGAAUUUUUGAAUGACCGAAAAAGGAGAAGCUCAGGAGUUAUUACAAUAAAAAUUAUAUCUUUACAGAGCUAAAUUGUGAUUGUUAAACGGUUUUCAUCGAAGUUUUGAUAGUUGAUAUGACGUUGAAAAUUUCUCAAAAAAAAUGGAUUGUUUGAAUCAAUUGUUCUACAUCUGUAAAAUUUGUUAAAUGAAAUUACUUGUCCAUGAACUUGGACCACCUU